CUCAGCCAUUCCUCACAUCAAUAUCUUCAAUCAUGCCUAUAUGAAACAAAUUGACUUUAAUUAAGCAUUAUGCAAAGCGCCAAUCUCUCAGAGCGCUAAUCCACAGAGUUUGCCUCAAUUGCUGUUCCAGCACCUAAAUUAGUCGAGCAGCGACACUCAGCCGGUUCACUUGCAACAUGAAGAGCGACGAGAUCAUCGAGAAGAUCCGCAACAAGCUGAAGGAAUCGGAUCCUGCCCGGCGCACCGUCGUCAACACGUUUCAGUUCAACUUCACCGAUGUGGAUGGCAAUCUCAUUAAGAGCAUGGUCUUUGAUUUCAAAGCGUUGGACAUCUACGAGGGGAGUGCCUCCAGUGUCGAUGCACAGGUCACCAUUUCCGAUGAGAACUUCUACUUGGUGGGCACUAAACAGAAGACUUUCCAGGAGGUGUUGCAGCAGGAAAAGGCCAAGAUCGAUGGCGAUGAGGAGGCUAUCAACAAAAUGCUUGAGAAGUUUCGCAUAAAUUCUCAAAACUAGCUCGGUGACAAGAUGUAAUGAUGCAUGCAUUUCGUUUAUUAUAUGAGACAAUUUAACGUUUAUUGUUUAUUCAGUUCCCCAAUAAUAAAUUAUAACAAAUAACAAUA